UCACGGCAGCAGGAGUUGGUAAUCCUAGCUGUCUACUUCGCGUCGAUAUACCCAAUCAUUUCCAUUUUAAUGGAAAGCAAGUUUCGUUAAAAAUAAAAAAAACACUUCACAAUAGUCUUCAGUUGCUGUAAACAUCUUUUUGUGCUUCCAAGUGAUUUCAAUUUAAAGUCUUUAGAAAACUUUUUUAAUCUUAACUGAUUAUUGAUGGGUGAUCGUAUUUAGAAUUUCUAUGGGACAUAUCAACGAAUUGUUACAUGUGAUCAGUUAAUAUGAAUACUUCCGUUUGUGACGAUAUUUUCAAUGCUAGUCCGACUAACAUAUCAGAGUUGUUCUGCCCUAGAGUUUUCGAUGAUUGGUUGUGUUGGCCUGAUACGCCUGCUGGAAAAUAUGCUAAACAACUAUGUCCUAAUAAAACAGGAUUCGAUACAACAAGGUUCGCUUAUAGACUCUGUGAAGAUGAUGGGACUUGGUUCUUUAAUCCCAUGUCCAACAAAACAUGGUCAAACUAUACUACAUGUGUGGAUUUAGAAAGUUUAGAGUUUAACCAAAUGGUAAACAACAUAUACAAGAUUGGAUACUUCAUUUCCUUAGUGGCCUUAAUAAUAUCGUUGGGAAUUCUAACUUAUUUCAAGUCUUUGCGCUGUGCUAGGAUUACCGUUCACAUGAAUCUAUUCGCUUCGUUUGCAGUUAACGCAUUCCUAUGGAUUCUGUGGUACAACCUCGUUGUUGAUAAUCCGACAGUUUUAAACGAAAAUGUGCUUUGGUGUCGUUUCCUGCACAUAAUUUUGACAUAUUUCCUCAUAUCGACUUACUCAUGGAUGCUAUGUGAAGGGGUGUAUCUGCAUACCGUGUUGGUGUCUGCUUUCAUUUCCGAAGUUCGUCUACUUAGAUGUAUACUUUUACUUGGAUGGGGACUGCCAAUGGUUACUGUUACAUUGUACGCUUCGUUAAGAACUUUUAAUGGAACAGAGGAAGAAACAGCGGGAUGCUGGAUGGAUGACACUAAGUAUAACAUCGUCCAGGUGGUUCUUGCUUCCGGCAUCAUUAUCCUCAAUAUUCUCUUUCUGUGUAACAUUUUAAGAGUACUGUGCACAAAACUGAGAAGAGCUCCUCAUGCAGGAUCUGGCGCCUCUCGUGCAUCACUCCAAGCACUUAGAGCGACACUCCUUCUCGUACCUUUACUAGGACUCAACUAUCUCCUCACCCCAUUUCGACCCGAGAAUAACAGCGUUUGGGAAAGAGUAUACGCUGUUAUGUCUGCUGUUACAGUUUCGCCCCAGGGUUUGUGUGUUGCCAUACUUUAUUGCUUCUGUAAUGGAGAGGUCAUAGCACAAAUAAAGAGGAAAUGGUCUGCGUGGGCCGUUAGAACCAGGGCUAAUUCAUGUACUGUUACAACGGUUUCGGUACGUAAGAUAUUAAACAAAUCCGCAAACGCGACCAGUUAAGCGUUAACUCACCGUAUCCCAUCUCUGUCUCUUCCGUAGUUCGUUCGAUCCUCCUAUCCAAACGUCGGAGAGGAAAAAGUAUGACUAGGGGCGAUCGGCCGAAGAGCCUCGCAAUGGAUUGCCUCAAGAAGAACUUCCACGGUUGUUGUUAGGGUAAGCAACAUAUCUCCAGUAGCCACUCCGGAUCAAUGUGUUUAGACCACAGACGAAAUUACAACCGCAAACAAAACAGAAUACGUGUUAGAUGACCUUAGGGGAAAUGGCUAUUGAACUGGUGAUUCGCAGCAGUGUAAAUAUGUACGUUUCAGUUUUAGAAAUCUGAUAAUGUAAGAUUUAUAGUUUGUGAAGAUUGUAGUUUAGAUAAUACGAAUUAUUCUUGAUUUUAUCUUGAUUAACUAGCAUGAUUAAUUAUAAAGAAACGUAAAGAAACAACGUACUCGUGUAUGAAUGAAUAGAAUAUAAAAAAAACGUGUUUUAAACGAAACAUUUAGUAAUCUUUUAAAGACAAUAAGAUUGUUUGAAAAUAUAAUUUUGUAAUAGGCCCGUUAAGUGUUCAAAAAAUUAGUACAUUAAGAUAAAAUUAAAACGAAUUAGUAAACAUUGUUUUUGGACCUCUUACUGCACCAAUUAUUGCAAAUAGCAAUAAAAAAGCAUUCGUCGGGUCAUUGAGUAUCAUACGCUGGCAGCGCAGCUGUUUCUCAUUUCCACUAAAUUGUUGUGCAGUUCCCAUAAAUUCCCUCAUGGGUUAUUUAACAGCUACAAUUAUUUAUCUUCAACAAAUAAUGUGUCGAUAUUAUUAUUGAUGGACGUGUUUCAAUUUUUUUCUAAUGAAAUAACCAAAACAUCAGCAGUGUUCUUGGUUUGAAGUUUGAAGCUUGAUUUGAAGUUUUUUUACAGAUAAUAUAUACAAUCUGCAGUAGACGAGCUUGUUUAUGAUACAUCAUUAUGAUGCUUGGUGAGGUUUACUCCACAACUAAAAUUUAACAGCUUGCUAAUGCAUUAAAUUGCGCGAAGCAUUUACGCUUUGAAUUGGACGCCUUUAUUACCACCACUUUUUUCUUAGAAUUACUUCAUAAAAAAAUCUUUUCUUUUCAACUUCGAGAUUAUAUCGCAUUACCGUGCUGUUUUUUUAAAAUUGAUUUAGGAUUCUUUCUAAAAGUAAAGGCAAUAAAGGACUAUUCAACAUAAAAAUAAAGUCGAAUUGUGGGGGUGUAGCGUUUGUGCAUAAAAAAUGCAUACCAGAUAUCUCUUCCAUUUCAUGACACCUUUUACCUUUUUUUUCGAAUUUCUUGAAUUUUUUAGUUUACAUUGUUGUAAAUAAUUUUAUUUACGUAUGUUUUGUUUGAUGCCACAACUUUUGCGGAGUGUUUUCCACUACUAGUGUUAAUCUCAUAUGUAAACUGUUUUAGUUUAUCAUUGCUGGUACUGUUCUUAUCGCCAUUCUAUUCUCCCGAGAUUUCAGGAUUCGGCCAUCGAUACUCGUAACAACUUCCAUGUUGAUGGUAUACUACUCCAAAUCUUAGUUACUGUAAAUUCAGCUUCUCGGUUGUUGCCUUUUAACGUUUUAGUGAUGCCAUCUUCUCGUAAAACUGCAUUCAACGUUCAUCGUUUCAAUCAUAUUCUGAUACAUACGUUGAAGCAGCGGUGUACAAAUAGCAGGUCAAAAGAAAUGUUUCUAUUAAAUUCUACCUCACUGUGGAUUCUACCUCACAUGUUACUAGGUACAAUUUUCAUAUUGGAUGUGGAUAAUAUUAAUCCACAUCCACUUGCUUUUGAUAUGUAUCUCGUGCGUAUCUCUUGAUCUAUCUUGCCAUCUUUACCAAUCAUGGUUCCUAGAUAUUUGUAUUAUUUUAAUUCUUAAUUUUUUUAUUCGUUUUCUUUUUCUUCUUCCUUAGCGAAGCGUAGGAUCAUAGAUUACUUUUGUUCCUCAUUCAGUUUUUAGACAUGUUUUCAUAUUUGGAUGUUUCUUUGCAAGAAAUCUACUUUGCCUCUCAUUAAUAUAGCAUCGCCUGCGUAUACUACGUCUCGGGUGCAGAUCGGAGUCAGGUUAUGCUAUCCCAAUCAUGUUGGUUUUUUCUAGAAAUCUUUGAUAAAUGGAGCGACAACAACAACUUUUCUCCCGUUACCUUAACUUUUUACACCUAUCACUUGCCUUCAAUUCCUUAUCUUAGAGAUUUUCUCAUAACAAACUAAAACUUUUUGUUGAAUACUAUCUUCCAUGACAGUCUUCUGGUAACAAUGUUCUUGAAAAAGCCAAGACUAUAUAGAUUGGAGAAGAAUCGAUUUUUUCCCGAUAUUUCUUUAUAUCAUAAAUUAUCACACGACCAAUAUACAGAAUACUUCAUAAUAUAUAUUGUACAUUAUUACCAGUAAUAAUCAAGUUUUCGUGACUUUAAGUAUUUUUAGAAGAUUUUACUCUCGGAAUGUGGCUAAAUUUUCAUGGAUCAAUACAUUGUUACUGUUAUAGAAGAGUGUUAUAGAGGCUUACAUUGAUUCUACUUCUAAAAUAUAAAUAUAAUACAUCUUGGAAUUACUCUUGCGCAUGUGGUUCCAGAAACACUUUUAGAACUAGACCAUACUUGAAAGUUUCAUAAACAGUUAGCUAUUUCUUUGCUAAAUUUUGCCGAUUAGACGGUUUGCAAUAAUCCAGUAGUCAAAACUCGCUAUAUAGUAAACAUGAAUUUUGCAUGCAAACAUCUAUCAAGUGAUAGACUAUCUUUAAGUAAACACCGUGACAACACCGUCGUUAUAUUCGAUAAUAAUUAGAACAGAGUACUUGUUUACAGUAAACACUUAACUGCAACUGGUUACAUCUUAAAAUCGAUAUCCGAUUCAAUUAUAUACCCUUAAGGAAAACAAGAAGAGGUUUCAUUAACUCUUAAUUGGCGCAAGAAACACUGUUGAAAAUACACAAUUAACCUACCCCUAUUUGUUGCGUUGCCUAUAUUUUAGACAAUUUUUUGUUGUUUUUUUAUUGAAUAUCUAUAGACUUAUUUUUUUAAUUUUCAAUGAAGAAAGUUGGAGUAUUGCGGUGAAAGGGGUUCACUUAGUUUAGUUUCACUUUAGUAUUGUGUGUAUAUGCGUAUACGCAUGUGUAUAAACACGGUUACACCAAAACUUAAUUAGCCAACGGUAACAAAAUGAUUAUAACACUGAAAUCGUAUCCGAAUCAACUUUUAGGCAAAAUCCGUCAUUCACGUGGCACUUAACCUGACCGCAUAUCAAUGUAGUUUGAAAUAAAUUUGCACUUUAAGUAAAGAUAUACCAUUAAUAUAUCCUUGUAAUUACGAAACAGGAUCAAAUAUAAAAAGUAGUUUCUUUUAGUUUUUUUCAUACAACCUGGCACGUUAAAUUGAUAAAGUAAAUAAAUAGUGUAUAAGCCUCUAUAAUCAUGAUAAACACUAUACAUCUUGAAAUUAUUGUGCUUUUUUAAAAUUUCGUAGUUAAAAUUGUAACAGUCAAAAACUGAGUGUGGAGAAAACUGUGUAAGAAGAAGAAUUAUAUCCUGCUCAUCGUAUAUUUGAGAAUAAUUUUUGAUGUCGAUUUCAAAGCUGUGAAUGCUUUAACAGUUCAAGGUGGUAUGAGUUUUGGAAAGGUUCUUUUUCUGUCCACUGUUUUAAAUGUUCUCUUUUGUGGUUGCUGCACCAGUGAUAAAAUCUUUCAUGGUCUUUUAGUGAAAUUUCAUAUUUAAUGAUUUAUUGUCAGGUGCUGUGUUGUUAUAACAGACAGAAGACUGAGGAGUUGUUUGCGUCCAUUUAGAAUUCAUUUAGCGAUGAAGAUGAUAGCAAACCAAAGCUCUAAAAUUGGAUGGUAGUUUCACUAUGUGUUGCAAGAGAUUAUUAUCCAGAAUGAUUUUAGAGAAAGUGAUAUAGUCGUGCGAAGCCAGGAAUUAAGGUUGAAUAUCCAAAUGUAGAAUCUUCAGUGUUCGGGGUGAGCAGUGGUUCUUGAAAUGGAAACCAUCAUUAUUAUCGUACGACUCCAUUAAUGAUAACCAUUUCCAGUUCGUUCAAAUACUAUUUGCCUUGUUUUUGACAUUGUUCAGGUUGAUGGAGACGAAAAUAAUGUUUUGGAACUAGAACUUCGAAUAUAUUUUUAGUUGUGAAAAAUCUUGAAGCUGGGAAAUCUCUUUGAAAUCUUUGAUAAUCAUCAAAAGGUUCUGCUCAGAAAUAUAUAAAUGAUAAUUUAAAUAAACUUGAUACUUAUGCCAUCUCUUCUAAAACAUAGUGACCAAUUUAUCAUCACUUAAUGCUUAGACUUGCUAAUAUGUGGAAAUAUGUGGUUAGUUCUUCUUCUGCAUCGUAUUUUCAUCUAUGUUUAAGAGCAUUCUUUUACUUUAUUGCUGCAUAACUUGCGGUAUUGUCCCGCUUGAGGUGGGCCUUGAAGCGGUGUGUCGGUUAUGUCUUUUACCUGGUCUAGCUACCUAGUUGGCGAUCUUCCCCUUGGUCUUCUGCCUAUUGUUUUUCCUUGAACUAUUACUUUUUCUACCUCCUCUGAGUAUAUGCCCAAAAUAUUGUAGAAUUCGUCGCCUGUAAAUAGAGAAUACUCUGCCUUUGAUCUCGAGCUCUUUCAGUAUAGAUAUGUUAGUGCGUCUAUUUGUCCAAGGAAUACUAUAUAACGGGAAUACUACUAAUUAUUUUUGUGAUUUGAUCAAGUUGAUAUUUUUGUCAAGUUGGUCAUUGCAACUUUAGCUGCAUAUGAGUGCGCCUAGGUUUAUGAAUUCUGUGACUUCUUAUUUAAGUUCAUUUUGCAAUGCCAAGCUUCGUCUUUCUUCUCUCACCAAAUUCAAUAUUUUAGGGAGUUCCUCUCUGUCUUUGGGAGUCGUAUCGUCGGCAUAUCGGAAAUUAGUAAGUUUCAUUCCACCAAUUGAAACAUAUAGUUACUUAACGAACAUUUAAAUAUAAAAUUGUAUAUAUUUUUAUAGCAGUGAUAUUUAAAUUAUCUAAAAAUGAGGUCUCCAAAUCUAAGAAUUUAAGCCUAAUUUUAUAAAGUAAGCUUAAAAAAUUUAACGGUCCUAUUGCAAUACAUAAUAUCUGAGGAAAAAAUUGAGUUUUCUCAUUUCUAUUUAGAUUAUUGUUUGUGAUAUUAGUUUAUUGUAAUUGUACAUACACUAUAAUUAAUAUAUAAGAAGCCUAAUAAUAAAGAAUUGCUAGGAAUAAACUAUGUAAAGUAGAAACUGUUUAGUGUUAUAAGCUGAAUAAUAUUACGUGUGGAACUAAAUGUGAUAUAAGUUUGCAUAUUUGAUAUGAUGUCAAGGAUCUAAGUGAUAAUCAGGAAAAGUUGAAAAAAUGUAGACAAAGCACAACUUGGAAGCUUUUUUAAUUUGUUUAAUAUUCUUUGUACAUAGAUAACUACAUAGAUAAAUAACUUGUUUGCGGUGUAAAUAGGUUUUCGCUUAGAAAUAUUUUCGUAUUAAAUAAAUACUUAAUUUAAUAGUAGUUUUUAUUAUUAAUGAUAGAUAUAAUGAGAAUGUCUUCUUAAUCUUCUUAUGUGAUUGUACUUAUGUUUGUGCGACUAUUUAUUUAUGCCGUAAUAUAGCUGUAAAGAUUAAAAA